CCCAAGAGCCAGCCAUAAGAUGACGACCCACCCCAACCAAACUCAGCCUGGCCAGGCUCAAAGCGAACAACCUGAAGAGUACAGAGUCGCGGCCCUUGUCUUCUACAGUUGCAUCUUGGUCAUUGGGUUAUUUGUUAAUGUCACCGCCUUAUGGGUGUUCAGUUGCACCACCAAGAAGAGGACCACUGUAACUGUCUACAUGAUGAACGUGGCAUUACUAGACUUAAUAUUUAUCAUGAGCUUACCCUUUCGAAUGUUCUACUAUGCCAAAGAGGAGUGGCCCUUUGGGCAGUACUUCUGCCAUGCCCUGGGGGCGCUCACGAUGUUUUACCCCAGCAUCGCUCUGUGGCUGCUGGCUUUUAUUAGUGCCGACAGGUACAUGGCCAUUGUGCAGCCCAAAUAUGCCAAAGAGCUUAAAAACACGACCAAGGCCGUGGUGGCCUGCGUGGGGCUCUGGAUCAUGACCCUGACCACCACUGUGCCCCUGAUGCUCCAUGAAGACCCAGAUAAAAAUUCCAACCACACCUGCCUGAAGAUUUUAGACAUCAUCCACUUCAAAUUAGCUAACCCGCUCAACUUCACUCGACUGAUACUCUUCUUCUUGAUCCCACUGUUCAUCAUGAUUGGGUGCUACUUGGUGAUCAUUCACAGCCUCCUCCACGGUCAGACGUCUAAGCUGAAACCCAAAGUCAAGGAGAAGUCCAUAAGGAUCAUCAUCACGCUGCUGGUGCAGGUGCUGGUCUGCUUCACGCCUUUCCACAUCUGCUUUGCUUUCCUGAUGCUGGACAGUGAGAAGAACAGCUACAACCCCUGGGGCGCCUUCACCACCUUCCUCAUGAACCUCAGCACCUGCCUGGAUGUGAUUCUUUACUACAUCGUUUCAAAACAAUUCCAGGCUCGCGUCAUCAGUGUCAUGCUGUACCGCAAUUACCUUCGGAGCGUGCGCAGAAAAAGCUUCCGCUCAGGCAGUCUAAGGUCGCUGAGCAACAUUAACAGUGAGAUGAUAUGAAGGAGAAGAAGACU